AUGGCUCAAACCCCAGCAAAACGCAUCGAGGAGGUGCUGCCUUCACCGCAGCUAUUGGCUCACUACAAAACGCGCAUAGAGGAGUUUGAGGCCGAGCGGGAUGAGCUGCUGCGGGCCGUGGCACGCUGCGCCGUCCAGUCGGAGGACCUGCACCGUUUGGAGUGGGAGAACCGCAAGCGCGCCGAUGAGGUCCGCGAGUUGCAGCAGGCCCUCAGCGAUGCGCAGCAGUUCCUGUUUGAGGAGCGCCAGAGGCUGCUGGCCCUGCAGGCGGAGAACGACGAGCUCAAGCUGCAGGAGCUGGACGACAGAAAACGCAUGCAGCACCUGCUGGCCAUGACGCAGCCGCUGGAGCAGCAGAUCACCUACCGCGGCGACGGCCUGCCGGCGGCGUCCACGCUGCCGGCGGCGGGCGCAGCGGGCGCGGGGCAGCAGCCGGGGCAGGCGGGCGGCGGGGGCGGCAACGUGAUGCGGACGGUGUUCCUGCCGACUGCUAAUGCGGACGCGCUGUUGCUGAAGAUUGAGUCCCUGCAGGCUCAGCUGAACGAGCAGCGCGCGCUGUCGGAGGAGCGCGUGGAGGCGCUGCUGGUGGACCGCAAGGUGCGGCAGCAGGAGGAGGAGCGCCACCGCGCCAACUUCCUGGUCCAGAUCGAGGCCCUGUCUACCAAGGUCACACAGCUGGAGGACACCCUGCGGCAGACCACCAAGGACUACAUCGAGGCCCGCCGCGCCCGACAGGACGCCGAGGCGCGCGCCGCCGCAGCAGAGGCGCAGAUGCAUCGGGAAGUUGACGCCGCACGCGCUGACAGCGUGCGCGAGCGGCGGGCGGCCAAGCAGGAGGCGCGGGAUGCGGCGGCGGUUGCGGAAGCGCGGAUGCGGGAGUAUGUGGACCGUUUCAGGGAGCAGGUGCGCGCCCGCGAGGAGGAGCUGACCAACCUGGCCAGCCUCCACGCAUCAACCAAGGCGGCAGCCGACAAGCGCAUCGCUGACCUGGAGGCGCGCGCCUCGCGGCUGCAGGACUCGAACCGCCAGCUGGAGCAGCGGCGCCAGUUGGAGGUGGACGGGUGGGGCGCUGACGUGACGCUCCUGAGGAAGCAGCUGGCUGCGGUGGACCGGAAGCUGACGCAGAUGCGGCUGAUUGACAGGCUGGAGGACGACGAGCGGCUGGACACCCUACUAGACCAGCUGCAGAAGAAGGCGCCCUCCGUUCCUGCCGCCGCGGCAGGCAAGGACGCGCGGGGCCGUCGGCCUCGGCGGCACGGGGACGAUGGCGGCAGCAGCCAGGCCGGUGGCGAAGGCGAUGCCGGCGACGACGAUGCCAGCGCGACAAUGAGCAGCGGCAUCCACAGCGUGAAAAGCCAGCUGGCGGCGGAGAUGCGGGCGGUGCGGCGGCAGCUGGAUGAGCUGGACGCGCGGGCUGGGGCUAAGGCGGAGCGCGCAGGGGUGGCGCCGCGGGCGGCCAACUACGGGCGGCUUGCACGUGGCUUCGGCACAUGA